AUGGGUGCUUUCCAAGGACUAGUCAAAGCAGUGGCUGUCAGAACUGAGCGAGAAGCAGAAGGAAAGGCGCUGAAUGGAAUGCAUUUUGACUCCAUCAGGGCCAAACAACAAAAAAAUGGAGGCCAGAUUGAGGAUGGGAUCGUUUUGUCCAACUUUGAACGGGUUGCUGGAGAUAUCAAAAACUUGGGUUACAGCGGUCCCCUUGCUCUGGUGUCCGAUCAAACAGUUUGCCUCUAUACCAUUCAGGUUCCCCUCCCAAAGAUCCCAUUAUUUGUUGUUGCCUUGGAUGUCGAUUAUAUCUAUUGGAAGUGA